AUGGCGGCGCAGGGAGGCGUCCUGUUCCAGGAGAAGGUCAGCAGGCUGCUCAGCAGACAGGACGGGAAACCAGUGUUGAAACCCAACAGGACUUUGGCUCUGAGAGAUGCUGUAGCCAACCGCAAACUCAAGAAAGGAGAGGCCACCUGUAUCACAGAGAUGUCAGUCCUGAUGGCCUGUUGGAAGCAGAACAACUUUGUGGAUGGUCUGUGCUCUAAUGAGAUGAACGCCUUCUACACUUGUGUUGAGAAGGCUCAGGCUGCUAUGAAGAAUAAACCUGAGCAGACCAGUAUCCAGGGAGGACGUCUGCACCCAAAACAAGCCACAACCCUGCUGAAGAGAUAUCCCAACUUGCGCAAUGAGAUCUAGGAAGCAAGCUUUUUAAUGCAUUUGUUAUACGGACUUAAUGUGCAGGUUAAAAACAGGCCACUGGACUGAGAUGUGGCACUAGGUUUAAUCAUGUUACGGUGUUGUCCAGAAUUGUCAGCUACUGUAUGAUUAAACAAUGGGAUACCAUAUACAUUUAUCAAAUUAAUAAUGCAAGGGGCAGACCACUGAAAAGGGUGAUUUCAACACAAACACACCAAACUACUCCAUCAGUAUGUGACUUCAGGUUUCCUAAGGUUAUUCAAUUAUUUAAUAUUCAGUUAUUUGCUGGCCAAUUUUCUGGUUUAGCUUUUGUAUUCACAAAACACUGUUGUAUGGUUUGAAAUAUAAUGUGACAUUCUCUUUGUGUCCUAAAUAGGCUCUGAUGAAAAUGACAUGAUCUUGUCUCAACCCAAUUUAGCAGAGUGGUCUCAUUCAGUGCAGAGGUGUUAUUGAUGGAUGUGAUGGAAUUAUUAUUCUUGGGUUUCAUGGCUCCUGGCCGGGAAGUUACUGUUUAUCACUGAAUGCUGAAUGCCUCAUCAUUCUUAUGGAAGCUGAGAGUGGUGGUUAACAAAUGCUGAAAUAAAAUAAGCCUAUCAGACAGACAGGGUUACAUAGAUUACCAGUAAGCAAAGCUCACUGUGGUUGAUAUGGAACUUCCUGAAUGCAUUUAAACCUUUUUUUAUGAUCAAAUAAUUCAUCAGUUUUUCCCUUUCUCUGACUGUGUCCCAGUUCCAUGCUACACAAUAAUUUGAAGCAGAAGUUGUAGUCUGUAAUGUGUUCACACUCUAAAGUGACAAAAUUUAUUCUACUCACAAAAGUUAGUAUGACUACUAAAAAACUUUAGAUUUUGGAGUGUGCUAUUGAGGUACACUAUUCUCCCACGAUGCAAUCUACAAAGGAAAGAGAGGAGCUCCUAACGGCUGGGAAAGACAAAGAAGACUAAACAAAUGUUGAUCAUUGUGAAACAGCCCCAGAAAGAUAUUGGAAAAAUAUUAAAUCUAUGAAAAAAACA